GGGCUGUGAGCGGCUCUCGGCGCCCCGGCCCCGCCCGGCCCCGCCCGCCCGGCGGCCCCAUCCCGGCGCUGCCGCUGCUGCCCGGCCAUGGCGGACCCCGCCGAGUGCAGCAUCAAGGUGAUGUGCCGCUUCCGGCCCCUCAACGAGGCCGAGAUCCUCCGCGGCGACAAAUUCAUCCCCAAAUUCAAGGGCGACGAGACCGUGGUCAUCGGGCAAGGGAAGCCGUAUGUCUUUGAUAGAGUGUUACCUCCCAACACAACCCAGGAACAAGUUUAUAAUGCCUGUGCCAAGCAGAUUGUUAAAGAUGUCCUGGAAGGCUACAAUGGCACAAUCUUUGCCUAUGGACAGACAUCAUCAGGAAAAACACACACCAUGGAGGGAAAACUGCACGACCCUCAGCUCAUGGGAAUCAUUCCAAGGAUUGCACACGACAUCUUUGAUCACAUCUACUCCAUGGAUGAGAACCUGGAGUUCCACAUAAAGGUUUCCUACUUUGAGAUAUAUUUGGACAAAAUAAGGGACCUACUGGAUGUGUCAAAGACAAACCUUGCUGUACAUGAAGAUAAAAACAGAGUCCCAUAUGUUAAGGGUUGUACAGAAAGAUUUGUGUCUAGUCCUGAAGAAGUUCUGGAUGUCAUCGACGAAGGGAAGGCCAACCGGCACGUGGCCGUGACAAAUAUGAAUGAACACAGCUCCAGGAGCCACAGCAUCUUCCUUAUUAACAUUAAACAAGAGAAUGUGGAAACUGAGAAGAAACUCAGUGGGAAGCUCUACCUGGUGGACUUGGCUGGAAGUGAGAAGGUCAGCAAAACUGGAGCGGAGGGAGCUGUUCUGGAUGAAGCUAAAAAUAUCAAUAAGUCUCUGUCUGCUCUAGGCAAUGUGAUAUCUGCCUUGGCAGAAGGAACUAAAACCCACGUUCCGUAUCGAGACAGCAAAAUGACCCGGAUCCUUCAGGAUUCCCUGGGUGGGAACUGCAGAACCACCAUUGUCAUCUGCUGUUCCCCCUCGGUGUUCAACGAGGCAGAGACCAAGUCCACCCUGAUGUUCGGCCAGCGAGCCAAGACCAUCAAGAACACGGUGUCUGUGAACCUGGAGCUGACGGCCGAGGAGUGGAAGAAGAAGUAUGAGAAGGAGAAAGACAAAAACAAGAGCCUAAAGAAUGUUAUCCAACACCUAGAGCUGGAACUGAACAGGUGGAGAAAUGGAGAAGCUGUGCCAGAGGAUGAGCAGAUCAGUGCAAAGGACCAGAAGAACCUGGAGCCUUGUGAUAACACCCCCAUUAUUGACAACAUCACCCCCGUUGUCGCCAGCAUCUCCACGGAGGAGAAGCAGAAAUACGACGAGGAGAUCGCCAGUCUCUACAGGCAGCUGGAUGAUAAGGACGAUGAAAUCAACCAGCAGAGCCAGUUGGCUGAAAAACUAAAGCAACAAAUGUUGGAUCAAGAGGAGCUUUUGGCCUCCACUAGGAGGGAUUAUGAGAAGAUCCAAGAGGAGCUGACCCGUCUGCAGAUCGAGAACGAAGCGGCGAAGGACGAAGUGAAGGAGGUCCUCCAAGCCCUGGAAGAAUUAGCUGUCAAUUAUGACCAGAAAUCCCAGGAAGUGGAGGACAAAACAAGGACCAACGAGCAGCUGGCUGAUGAGCUGGCACAGAAGAGUAGUGCCCUGACAGCGACCCAGAGGGAGCUGGGCCAGCUGCAGGAGCUCAGUAACCACCAGAAGAAGAGGGCGACAGAAAUCCUGAACCUGCUGCUGAAGGACCUGGGGGAGAUCGGGGGAAUCAUCGGAACCAACGACGUGAAAACAUUGGCAGAUGUGAACGGGGUGAUCGAGGAGGAGUUCACCAUGGCCCGGCUCUACAUCAGCAAGAUGAAAUCCGAGGUGAAGUCCCUGGUGAACCGCAGCAAACAGCUGGAGAGCGCCCAGAUCGACUCCAACAGGAAGAUGAACGCCAGCGAGAGGGAGCUCGCCGCCUGCCAGCUCCUCAUCUCACAGCACGAAGCGAAGAUCAAGUCCCUCACAGACUACAUGCAGAACAUGGAGCAGAAGAGGAGGCAGCUGGAGGAGUCCCAGGACUCUCUCAACGAGGAGCUGGCCAAGCUACGUGCUCAAGAAAAAAUGCACGAAGUCAGCUUCAAGGACAAGGAGAAGGAGCAUCUGACCCGGCUUCAGGAUGCAGAGGAGAUGAAGAAGGCCCUGGAGCAGCAGAUGGAGAGUCACAGGGAAGCCCACCAGAAGCAGCUGUCCAGGCUGAGGGAUGAAAUCGAGGAGAAGCAGAAAAUAAUUGAUGAAAUCAGAGACAUGAAUCAGAAGCUGCAGCUGGAACAAGAGAAACUGAGUGCUGAUUAUGAUAAAUUAAAAAUUGAGGACCAGGAAAGAGAAAUGAAACUGGAAAAGCUCAUACUGCUUAAUGAUAAAAGAGAACAAGCAAGAGAAGACCUUAAGGGGCUGGAGGAAACAGUGGCAAGAGAACUUCAGACUCUUCACAAUCUGCGCAAACUGUUUGUCCAAGAUCUUACCACCCGCGUUAAAAAAAGUGUUGAACUUGACAGCGACGAUGGAGGUGGGAGCGCCGCGCAGAAGCAGAAAAUUUCCUUUCUUGAGAACAACCUGGAACAGCUUACAAAGGUUCACAAACAGCUGGUUCGUGAUAAUGCAGAUCUUCGUUGCGAGCUUCCUAAGCUGGAAAAACGCCUUCGAGCUACGGCAGAGAGAGUUAAGGCCCUGGAGAGUGCACUGAAGGAGGCCAAGGAGAACGCCAUGAGGGACCGCAAGCGCUACCAGCAGGAGGUGGAUCGCAUUAAGGAGGCCGUGAGAGCCAAAAACAUGGCCAGGAGAGCACACUCUGCUCAGAUUGCCAAGCCCAUCCGCCCUGGCCAUUAUCCAGCGUCUUCUCCGACGGCUGUCCACGCCAUCCGAGGGGGAGGGAUGUCCAACUCCAGCUACUACCACAACACCAAAUAGGCGAGAAGUCAGUUCCACUUAAGCAUGUUAAGGACUGUCAUUAAGUCACUAGUUUCUUUUCUGCCCCUCUUCGACCCGACCCACAUCCCGUUCAUCCUGCGCUUCCUCCGGCCGUCGGCAACGCACCGGUCCCAGGUACCCCGAGCUUCGCAGGACCUCCACGUGUACAGAAGUGUCCAGAUCCUUCUGCAAUGUAUUGGACAUUCCCAUCUCAGUAAGGAUUAGGGAGUCUGCCACUCCGAGCCCACCUUGGCGCUGGUUUAGGUUGGCGCUUCCACACUCAGAGCGAUGCUUUUUUUUUUUUUUUCCAAGUCCUCCGUUGCAUCGGUAAAUCCCGACUUCUGGCAUCAAGGAAUUAAUUAUUCACUGACCAAGUGCCACCAAAGGCAGGUGAUUGUGCUCUGUCAUGACUGAUUUACUGUAUAAUAUACAUAUUAUUUUAUAUUUUUAGGGGAUGAAAAUGUGCUGCUAUAUGGUUUUCGUUUUACUUGCUUUACAUUUUCAGAAGGAAAUUUCCCCAAAGAACCAUUUGUAAAAUCCCGAGGGAACAAAAAAAAAAAACAAAAAAAAAAUAAAUAAAAAUCUCUGGACUGUGUAAAAUAACCUUUAUUGCAGUACCUGGUAAAGAUCAAACGGGAUGCAGAGAAAUCUGUUAGUGUAGAGCUAGGAUUUGAAGUUUGGUAGUUCCAUGAAUAUUAUCUGUGUGACCUAUUUUAAAAUUAAGAUCCGAGCUGCUGCUUGUAGUUCUCCCGACGGUGGUGGGUUUUCCUGGAGUGUGUUUGUGAGCGUUGUUCCCUAGGAAGUUUUGAAGGCUUUUCAGAAUGCGGUGGAAAUCUUGUCUAGGAAAAUCUGACAAGUGUUUCCCCCCCUCUCCUCCUCCUUUCCCCUUCCCACAUGCCUUUGGGAAUUCAGAUCCCGGAGGGAACAUUCCCCGACCAGAAAGGACAUAGCUUAAAGGAACAAAGGAAAAGAAAAUCCCCCAAAUCCCAGAUACUCCCUUAAAAAAUUAGAGAGUCCAAAAGGAGGUGAGAGUUGUACACUCGAGCUGUCCUUUGCAGGCCAAAUUUGGGAAUACAUUUGCAGGGAUGUGAGGAGCACAUCCCAAGGGGAAAAGAAUGUUUUUGUAGGUCACUGUAUGCAAAUCAUCCUACGGAUGGUGCUCACCGAGGUAAGGACGAGCCUUUCCUGGAUCUCUUUUUCCAGCCAGGCAGCAAAUUCCCAUCUUCCCAGCAAGGGGGCACUGGAAUCUCUCCGGGAAGGUGCUGCUCCUCCUCCUCCCUGCCCGCACAUUCCUCCCGGGGCAGGUGACACGGUCGGGCUUAGGGAAGCCGGGAUUCCAGGAAGGUUAGGCCGAGCAUAGCCCUCUAGUCUUCUUUUGCAGACCUUUGCUCUUAUUUAAUUUGAGAUUGGUUGGUUGGUUGGUUGGUUGUUUUUUAAUUUCUGAACCUGUUUGUUAGUAAGAGUAGAACUAUUCAGUUACUUAGAGUGUAUUUUGGAAGAUUGUGAAUUGACUUUAGAUAUUUUUUUUCUACUGAAACUAAGUUGUUGCAAAGUAAGUUGGGACUUAAUUUAACUGUUUUGGUUUUUUUUUUUGUUGUUUGUGGGUUUUUUUUAAUGUUGCACUAUUUUGGGGAGCGUUUUGCUAAACAUAUUUAAUGAAGCUGCAAAUUUGCAUGUAUUUAAUUUAUUUUGUAUUUUUCAGAGUUUUAUAUUUUCUUUCUUUACGUGCAUGUGCACUGCCAGAAGAAUGAACUGUGAACUUGCCAUAUGCAAUCUUGAAUAAAAUCACUAAUCCACAACUA